AGACGGGGCUGCUUUAAGAGAGAAACAGGAAGUUGUAACUAGAAGCCAUCUGAAUACUAAGCCUGAGCAGAAUGCUCGUGAAGUAGCAACUAAAGUGGCAGUGUUUAUUCUGAAAUUCUCAGGCAGCCCGACUGUCUUAGGCAAACCUUGAUAAAAUAGCCCUUGUCCAGGUUUUUAUCUAGGGAAUCCCAAGAAGACCGGAGAAUGAAGAGACAGCAAAGGUUUAUGUCAGAAAAGGAUGGGUAUCAGUUUCAACAUCAGGGAGCAGUGGAGCUGCUUGUCUUUAAUUUUUUGCUCAUCCUUACCAUUUUGACAAUCUGGUUAUUUAAAAAUCAUCGAUUCCGCUUCUUGCAUGAAACUGGAGGAGCGAUGGUGUAUGGUCUCAUAAUGGGAUUAAUUUUACGAUAUGCUACAGCACCAACUGAUAUUGAAAGUGGAACCGUCUAUGAUUGUGGCAAACUGGCCUUCAGUCCAUCAACUCUGCUGGUUAAUAUAACUGACCAAGUUUAUGAGUAUAAAUACAAGAGAGAAAUAAGCCAGCACAACAUCAAUCCUCACCAAGGCAAUGCUAUACUUGAAAAGAUGACAUUUGAUCCAGAAAUCUUCUUCAAUGUUUUACUGCCACCAAUUAUAUUUCAUGCCGGAUAUAGUCUAAAGAAGAGACACUUUUUUCAAAACUUAGGAUCUAUUUUAACAUAUGCCUUCUUGGGAACUGCCAUCUCCUGUAUCGUCAUCGGGUUAAUUACGUAUGGUUUUGUGAAGGCUAUGAUACAUGCUGGCCAGUUGAAAAAUGGAGACUUUCAUUUCACUGACUGUUUAUUUUUUGGUUCACUGAUGUCUGCUACUGAUCCAGUGACGGUGCUGGCCAUUUUCCAUGAACUGCACGUCGACCCUGACCUGUACACACUCUUGUUUGGGGAGAGUGUGCUGAAUGAUGCAGUGGCCAUAGUCCUUACAUAUUCUAUAUCCAUUUACAGUCCCAAGGAGAAUCCAAACGCAUUUGAUGCUGCUGCAUUCUUCCAGUCCGUGGGGAAUUUCCUGGGGAUCUUUGCUGGCUCGUUUGCAAUGGGGUCAGCGUAUGCAGUUAUCACAGCACUGCUGACCAAAUUUACCAAGCUGUGUGAAUUCCCGAUGCUGGAAACAGGCCUUUUCUUCCUCCUUUCUUGGAGUGCCUUCCUGUCUGCCGAGGCCGCCGGCCUAACAGGAAUAGUUGCUGUUCUCUUCUGUGGAGUCACACAGGCACAUUAUACUUACAACAAUCUGUCGUCAGAUUCCAAAAUGAGGACUAAACAGUUGUUUGAAUUUAUGAACUUUCUGGCUGAGAACGUCAUCUUCUGUUACAUGGGCCUGGCGCUGUUUACGUUCCAGAAUCAUAUCUUUAAUGCACUUUUUAUACUUGGAGCCUUUCUAGCAAUUUUUGUUGCCAGAGCCUGCAACAUAUAUCCCCUUUCCUUUCUCCUGAAUCUGGGCCGAAAACAGAAGAUUCCCUGGAACUUUCAGCACAUGAUGAUGUUUUCAGGCUUGCGAGGAGCGAUCGCGUUUGCCUUGGCGAUUCGGAACACAGAAUCUCAGCCCAAACAGAUGAUGUUUACCACCACGCUGCUCCUCGUGUUCUUCACUGUCUGGGUUUUUGGAGGAGGAACGACCCCCAUGCUGACCUGGCUCCAGAUCAGAGUUGGUGUGGACCUGGAUGAAAAUCUGAAGGAGGAGCCCUCUUCACACCAGGGAGCAAAUAAUGUGGAUAAAGGCACAACAAAAAGAGACAGCGCUCGGCUCUUCAGGAUGUGGUAUGGCUUUGACCACAAAUACCUGAAACCAAUUUUAACCCACUCUGGUCCUCCGCUGACCACAACGUUACCUGAAUGGUGUGGUCCAAUUUCCAGGCUGCUCACUAGUCCUCAGGCCUAUGGGGAACGUCUAAAAGGAGAUGAUGUGGAAUGCAUUGUCAACCAGGACGAACUGGCCAUGAAUUACCAGGAGCAAGCCCCCUCGCCCUGCAGUCCUCCUGCGACGCUGGGUCUGGACCAGAAAGCUUCACCCCAGGCUCCAAGCAAGGAAAACAUUUAUGAGGGAGAUCUCGGCCUAGGAGGCUAUGAACUCAAGCUUGAGCAAACUCCGGGUCAAUCCCAGUUGAAUUAAUUGGCACAAAGAGUGCAGAUGUAAUCACAAGUAAUGCAAGGCUCACUGAGGAGCAUAAGCCAAGCUGAUGAGGCAGCAUAGGGGAGAGGCUGGAAGUGUAUUAAGAGCAUAAAUUGGAGAGAAUCAAAGCCUUGUCUCAUAUAUCCUCUGGUGCCUGAAGAAAUGAGAAUUUAUUAUCAUCCCUCAAUAUUAUGCAACUGAGUUUAGUUUUUUGACAGCUGCCAUUUCUAUUGCUGGAUCGCCUGGGGCGUGGGUGGGGAAGUCAGGGGUCCAGCUGCUGGGAGGGUGGGACAGUGGUGCUGGGUCUACAGGGGGUUUCUGCUCUGCAUGCAGCUCUCCGGGGCUUUCACUUAGAUUUUGGAUUUUGUUCCCUUUAUUAGGGAAAGUUUAAAAAUAAGGGUUUCUAAGACUAAACAUUUUCCUCCUAAGCUGAAGGGAAUGUCCAGUUACUAAGUGAUAAGUUUUAUGUUUUGGGGACUUGACACCCACUUGCUCUCAGUGAUCCCAGGGCUAUGUGCAGAGCCCGGAGAAGCGUUCAGUGCCCUCCACUGAUGGCCUCAGAACCCACACCAAGUUGGGGAACCUACUGUUCUUGUUGGCAUCCUUUCCACACUACUUCUCCCACUAGUCCAAGGGGUUGCGUAUAGCUGGGUGUGUUCUGCUGCAAAAGGCAGUGCCACUUUCCAGUUUGGUAGGACCCCUUUCAGGGAAAACAGGCUCCACCUACCCAAAACCAUGUUUUACUGAAAAAUGAGCUUUUUGUCCUUUGCUUGCAUGUGAGUCACUUCUUGGCUCUAUAGCAGAUCCCCCGUAUGCUGGGUAAUAAGAUUCCAUAGCACGUGUUGUCCUCCACAUGGCAGGAGGCCAUGCGGGAGCCUGACCUCCCCAGCUCCCCACCCCACCCUCUUCUAGCACUCACAGCUGAUUAGCAGCCAGGAACAGGGUAAGAGGAACAGGGCUGACCACGCAUGGUUCAUGCUGAGGAGCCAAGGGCAGGGCCUCAGGACUCCAACAAGGUGUGGCUCACGGCAUACAUUCCAGAGAUCGACAUGAUAGCUUCUAAUUCAGCUGCAUGACCUGUGCCUUUUAAGCCAUAAGAUACCUCAAGCCUAGCUUCUCUUAUAAAUACAGAUGUUAAUAUUAUAUUCCGAAAAGCAGGCUCCAGUCUUAGGUGUGCAGGGUAUGACGAGUCUGCUUUUGAGGGAGAUAGGGAAUGAGACCUUCCUCACGCCCAAGCUUGAAAGUAACGAACGCUUUGCUGAUCACUUAUUAGGCCUUAAACAUUUACUGUGGUGGUGUCAGGCACACUACUAUAUGCAAUUUUCUUGCUUUCCAAACAGUAGAAUCUGGGCACAUUGUUUUAUAUUCAACUAAGUGUAAUUUUGUCAUUUCAGGUAAAUAUGGCAAGUGGUGAAGCAUGAAGUUUUCUAAUUUGACUUAAUCCUAAUAAAAUUUUGUUAUAAAGUA